AACCGAAUAUUAUUAAAACCAAAAACUGAAACCGAAUUCAAAAUUAGGAUCAAUUUGAUUAGAUUGAAUUGGUUAAUCAGUCGGUUCUCUUAAAUUGCUUGCCCGUGCAAACUUUCACAAGAGAGUGUUGACUUCAAAUCAAAAUACAAAAAUAGAGCGCACGAGCACACUCCUUUUCCACGUUAAUGGCUACCCUCCCACCAGCUUCUUGCCCUUGAAGAGUUCAUUUAUCUGUUUGGGUUCUUCAAUGGAAGCUCGGGACGAGCACUACCAGAAGGAAGAGAGGGCUGUUCUCGUCACGAUCCUAGUCCUCGCAUCAUUUGCCAUUUCCUCUUGCCUUGCCGCUCUCAGCUACUACUGUUAUCUCCGAACCAAACUCUCCGCCACUCGCCCCAAGAACAUCAAGUUCAAGGAGAGUGAUUGUGAAGAGAAAGAAAGCGGCAUUUCCGAUAUUAAUGUUACUGUUGAGAAGGGAGUUCAAGUUUUCACCUUGAAACAGUUGCAAUCGGCAACUGGGGGGUUUUGCAGGGCUAAUGUGAUUGGGUAUGGCGCGUUUGGGACGGUGUUCAAGGGUGUGCUCCAAGAUGGGAAGAGGGUUGCAGUUAAGAUGAUGGAUGAGUCUGGAAAGCAAGGGGAGGAGGAGUUUGAAGUGGAGGUGGACUUACUGAGUCGGUUGCGCUCGCCUUAUCUGUUGUCGCUCAUUGGCUAUUGCUCGGAAGGCAAUCACAAGGUGCUCGUUUAUGAGUUCAUGGUAAACGGUGGCUUACACGAACACUUGUAUUCCUUUGGCGGUUCCACUAGUGCACGCCGGAAUUUGGACUGGGAGACGCGGUUGAAGAUAGCAUUGGACGCAGCCAAAGGUUUGGAAUAUCUCCAUGAAGAUGUUAACCCUCCUGUUAUACACAGAGAUUUUAAAACCAGCAACAUCCUCUUGGACGAGAACUUCCAUGCCAAAGUUUCUGACUUUGGCCUUGCCAAGCUUGGAACUGAUAAAGCUGGUGGGCAUGUUUCCACUCGCGUGUUGGGCACCCAAGGCUAUGUUGCUCCAGAAUAUGCAUUAACUGGUCACCUGACCACAAAAUCAGAUGUGUACAGUUAUGGAGUUGUCCUGCUGGAGUUAUUGACUGGCAGGGUUCCGGUUGACAUGAAGCGACCUCCAGGGGAAGGUGUUCUUGUCUCCUGGGCACUGCCCCGUGUGACGGAUAGAGAAAAGGUGGUAGAGAUUAUGGACCCAACAAUGGAGGGGCAGUACUCAAUGAAAGAAGCUAUUCAGGUUGCUGCCAUUGCUUCAAUGUGUGUGCAACCAGAAGCCGACUAUCGCCCCCUUAUGGCUGAUGUUGUGCAGUCUCUGGCUCCCCUGGUUAAACACAACCGGCCCACUCCCAAGCACGGCAUCUAGCUCUUCCAUCUCUCACUUGUGUAAGAAUUGACUUUAGUUCUGCAUCAAGGGGAAGAGUUUUCUCUCCUCAUCUUACUUGGGUUCCACAUUGUUUGCAAGAUAUAAUAUAAUGUUGGAUAUUAAAUAAGAGUAGUGUUGGGUAUCUGUGUUCAUUGUGAUGUAAACUGCUAAAGAACUUAGCUGAAGGGUGUGAAAUUAAAGGUUGAAUAUGUAU